CAUAGGUAUUUGUGUUUUUAAUUUUGACAAAUUGGAUUCGUGUAUGGACUAUGAACUCUUAUCUUUGAAUAACAUUUUAAAAGAGCAAAAUAUACAUCAUGGCCCAGCCACAUAGAAAAGCGGUUUUGAAUCUUUAUAAAACGCUCCUCUAUCUGGGUCGAGAUUGGCCUCAAGGUUUCGACUUGUUUAGAAAAAGGCUUCAUAAAGUAUUUAGCAAGAAUAGUGAAGAAACUGAUCCACAAAAAAUACAAAUAAUGGUAAAACAUGGUGAGUUUGUUGUUAAAGAAAUUGAAGCACUAUAUAAGUUGAAGAAGUACAGAGCAAUGAAGAGACGAUAUUAUGACGAUAACUAAACACAUAAUCACUGACACUUGGUAACUAAAAAAAUAAGAAUAAUAAACGUUAAGAAAUCUAAGUUUCAAAAAAAAUAUAUCAAAAUAUUUUAAAUCAAGUUGUAGUAUUAGAAUAAUUUUAUGUUUUAAUAUGCGACGGUAACCACUCACCAUCAGGUGGGCCGUAUGCCCGUCUGCCUACAAAGGCAAUAAAAAAAAAAAAAAAAAUACAGAUGCCACUCUUUGAUUAUUUUAUAAGACCUGUAUAAUAAUAUGCUAUAAAAUUCGUUUCAAAUUAUAAUUUAAAUCAUUUUUAUCAAUGUCAAAGCAAAGUAAUAUUUGACAUAAUUAUAGUAUAGAAUGUAGAGUUGCUUGUAAAUUUAAAAUGUUUGAAAUAUGUAUAUAAUAGUAAGAUUGUACCUUAGAAUAGGUUAUUGUAUUUAACAAUAAUUCUUAUGAGAAAAUAAUAACUAAAUUCUUAGUACAUAAGUAUAUAUUACUUUGGAUUAAUAAUGUUGGGACUAUACUGUGAUUUAAAAAUUAAACACAAAAUCUAUGUCAUAAUGUAUUAUAGACAUGUUUCAUAGUUACAUAAUUCAUUAUUUAAUAAAUUCUUAAACUAAAUCAUUCUAAUAUUAAAAUAAAACAUAUGUGUUUUUCAAUGAAAUUUCAUAAUAAAUUUUGUAAACAAGAUAAUGAUUAUCAAUGAUUUCCAUUUAAAUGGCAUAUGAUAUGACAACUUUAUCAAUCAAUUUUAGUGAUAAGUUUAUAUACAUUAUGUUUAUGACAACAAUUGUGUGAUAGUAAAGUAAUAAGUAUCAUUUUACCAGUGCAUAAUAUGGCCAAAGAAACAGUAACCCUGAUAUUAUAAUUGAAAAAGCAUAUCUAAUUUUCUACAUUUUAAAGACUCCUACAUUUUUUUAAAAUAUCGAUACAUAUUUAUAUCAUACCUGCUAAUUAUUCUAAAAACUAAAAAAAUAAAAAAAUUGUUUCUAAGUCAUUGAUAAUCUUGGAUUAUAUAACAGAGUAUGUAUUGAGAUAAUAUAAAACAAAUUAGUUAAAAAAAUGGUAAGGAAACUGAUAAAUUUUUAAAAUAGUAAUUAUGUAAACUAAAGUCUACGAGAUUUAAGUGAUUCAAAUUAAAUUAAAUUUAUGUUUGACUUUAAAAAAAACUUGAUAAUUUAAAUAAAGGAAUUUAAUGAAA